AUGGAAAGCUUAAGGGAUAACUUUUCUACAAAUAUCGGUUCUGGUUGCUUCGCCUCUAAUGCUUCUCUAUUCCAGAGAAGAAAUUCUUCAGAGCUUGUGCGCAGACAACUAUAUAAAACGAAGAUGUGUGCAUUUUAUAAUGUAGGUAAAUGCACGAGAGGAAACCUCUGUGCAUUUGCACAUUCUGUUCAAGAACUAAGGCCUCUCCCAGACCUUAGGUUUACGCGUCUUUGUGAAUUAACUAAGCGAGGUGAUGUAUGUCGUGACGUAAACUGUACAUUUGCCCAUAGCCUUAAUGAUUUAAGAACCACUGAAAUUCCGCCAGCCCCUCUGUCAGAAUUUAAUAUUAUGAAAUCUGCUGAAAACACAACUUUAAUUAGAAAGUUAGGUUCAACAAAUGAAUCCAAGGCAAAGUUCAGAACAGGAGAAUCAAUUAAAGAUCCAUUUUUGAGCAAAAGUGAAGAAGAAGUUUUUGUCUCAAGUACAGAUACUACUCCUCAUAGUAUUAGACAACAAUUUGGUAAUACAGAAUAUGAGGUCUCAUACCAAUUACGAAAGAUAGAUAAUAUUAUAUCACAAAAUGUUGGUAGCAUUCGUGGCGGAAUAUUUUCUUAUUUGAAUGAACCGGAAGCUUCUCAACUAGAUAGUUGGGUCUACAAUGAAGAUUUUGGAAGUAAAUUUACGCCAGAUAUUUCAAGUAGUUCUGAAGCCUCAUGUAAAUUCGUAAAUCAAAGUGAUUUUCAGGAACCUCCAAAUUAUUUUUCUUCUAAGUGUUUAUUAGCAAGGGGAAUACCGGACUGGAACUUCAUUAGUAACGAUGACAAAACAUCAGCACUUCAAUGUGAUAUUUUGAAUAUUAUUGGAGGUGAUGGUAAUCUCCAUUCAGGAGACAUUUGUUCAAUUGAAAAAGGUACGCUUCAUAUUAUUAAUUAA